AUGGUCAACAUUGCAACAUUCGCCCGCGACCACUGGAUGAACUUGCUGGUCCCCAUGGGAUUUGUGAUCGGAUGGUACCUGGACAAACAGCAAGACCAGAAGCUGACUGCGUUCAGGAACAAAAGUGCUCUAUACAGAAGGGAGCUGAAGCCUGGCGAGGAGGUGACUUGGAAGUAG